UAUAGUCUGUGACAGGUACAUUCAAAACUUAAAACCGUUGAAGUCGUUAAGCCAAGAAUAAUUUCUGCUUCUUUCUAUUUUGUUUUUGUUGAUCCACAACUUCUACAAGUUUUAUAAAUAGCACCUACACUAGACCCGACCUGUAACUGUCGGACAGUGUGGUUUAUAAUCAUAAACGGUCUCAGAUCAAUAAAAGCGAAUGUUUUCAAACCUAAUACUAAACGAUUCUUCAUUUGCAUCUCCUGAUAAGGGCAUAACAACCUUUUACAAGAAAUUUCAAAAUCUUUUGGGUCGCGGUACAGAUAGUAGCAGUGUGAAAAUUAAUGAAGACAUGUUGUCUGUUGGAGCAAGCACAACUGCAUCUGAGGACAGUUUCAUAACACCAGUGUCAUCGGUAGGUGACCUAAUGACGAUGUCUCCUAAGCGGUGUAACGAUGGGUCGGAACAGAGGAACGAGACCAGCGACCUGUUAACAGGAUCAGACUACGAUAGCAUUUGUGAUGUUACUAUGAAAGAGGUACCAAUGUCUGACGAUAUGUUUAUUGAUGCCACAAGUUUGGACUAUCUCGUCAAGUGUGCCGAGUCAAAUCGCAACCAUAACCACAUAGAUCGCGGCAAGGAAAGUUUGUUUGUGAAGUUUGAUCCACUGUACGCACGGCAAAAGCUAGAAGACGCUAGCUCUGUUACUACGGAAUCAGCAGUCGACUCGUCCGAGUGUGACGUGGGUUACGAAACAGGCAGUACUGUGUCAAAUACGGAAAAUAAUGUUAUUGCACCUAAACACUCACAGUCUACUGGGGCUAUGCCUUCAUUAAGCAAACCCAUGCAAGUUGUGCCACCUGUAGUCAACAGCGAAAACUCCAAGACAAGUGGCAAUUGCAUUAAAUCUACUCCAGCCCUCAUGCGCAGUGUUUCUGCUAUUCUGACACCCUCAAGGGGAGUGGCUACUGAGAGGCUCAUCAGCAUAUCAGGCAGCACUCCUCCCACAGCAGCACCGAGAAGUCCUCGCUAUCACAAUUUCACCUCACAAGAUGUGGAUCACCUUCAUACUCUGAGAAGUAUUCUUCAAAAACAAGAGCAGGAGGUGUUGCAGCUCAGACAACAGAACAGAGAGCUGAAGUGUACAAUACAGGAUAUGCAACAUGAUCACAACAGGGAAACAGAAGAUCUGACGGCUAAAGUUAAGAAACUGACUGAUGACAAGGAAAAUUAUUUACAGAAAGAAAAUAAAUUGCUUCAACAAAUCAAUGACAAGAUUAUAAGCAACAAACAAAUGAGUAUUGUCAUGGAGGAGUAUGAGAAGACAAUAUCCUCACUAAUCGAGGAACAACAGCGUGAAAAGGUACAGAACCAUGAGACCCUGGAAAAAGUCACAUCGGAAAGGGAUCAAGCUUUAAACCAUUUAAGUAAUAUGGAGAGUUCUUUCAAUGAUCUCCUUACAAAAUAUGAAAAGUGUAAGAGUGUAAUAUUGGAAACUAAAGAGAGGGAAAAGGUUUAUGAACAGAAAAUGUCUGAGUAUCAGGCUGCUGUAAAGAAAUAUGAAGAGCUGUAUGGGAAUUUGAAACAAGUGACUUCUGAGGCACUGACUAAAGCUAAUGAAACACUGGACAACCUCAAAAAGAACUACAAUAUUGAAGUAACAAAGUUGAAUGCUACGGUUAAAAAGCAUGAAAUUACUAUAGCUUCUUUACAAGAAUCUUUGGUUCAGAAGACUAGGGAUAAUGAGGAAUUGAUGAGGUUAUAUGAUCAGCUCAUUAGUGAAGUGCAUUAAUAUAUUUACUAAAUUUCUAAUACUAUGUCUUCGCUCGGUGCUUUCUCACAUUUCCAAGCGUGUGAUGUUAUAGGUCUGCUUGUCUUAGCUAACUUCUCUCUGUGAUGAAUCUCAACUUUUUUUGUUAAAUUGUUAGUUUUAAUAAUAUUAUUUAUUAGUAUUUAGUUUUUUAACUUUUUAUGACAUUUGUUUGUGAUUAUGUUUCUAUUUUAUGACAACAGUAUUAGUUUCUGACCUGUACACCUAGAUACACUGCAUACUAUAUUGUAUUUUUGACAUAAUAGAGUAGUAAAACUACAACAUUUUAGAUUAAUGACCAAAUAAGAUUUUUAGAACAAUUCAACUAAUUUGACACAUUGAAAUGAUCUAACUUUGUGUUGAAUGGAAAAUCAAACAUUGUUCUUGUAAUAGAAUAAAUUAUAGCAACAAAAAAAAUAUUAUAAAAUUAUUCCAAUGUGAUAAUCGAAAGGUAACAUAGUGAGCAGCUAUUAGUAGCUAGGCGAUAGUCAUAACAAGGCAUUUUAGUUACUUAGAGUACCUAAUAUAAAAGGCAUUUAAAUACAAAUGAGCUAAGGAGCAAAUACAAUCAUGUUUUAAGAUUUGAUACAACUAUUUCCAAGCCUCGCAAAAAAAUAAUGUGCCAUCAAAAAAAAAAGCUAAUAAAAUUUUGAUACAAUAACUUAUUGCUGGCCAUAUAAUUAAUUGAAUUUAUUAUUUGAAUAUAGAAUACUAAUAAAAUAUAUAAUGUUUAUAACUAUUACUGUAUUUUUUUUUUCAAAUUGUCUAUGUAAGACUUUUCUACUUGGUACUGUUGCCUUUGCAUUUUUUAUCGUAAAAUUUAGAGAUAAAUAUUCUAUUGUAUCUACUACCAAUGUUAUAUUAGAUUUGUAAUGCUAAUUUUAAGGGUGUUGGUAAAACCCAGGACAUUUCAUUACGUUAAAUACUUGUGUAGUAAUGAUUGAGAAUAAGUCUUAAUUUUCGUCUUUAAUUUUGCGUUCUCUGUUUGUCCAGACGUGCAUUUUGUACUUAGAUAUUUAAUAAAGGAUUUUAUAAUAA